AUGAGCAGUUCAAGUGGUAAGCUAGUCUCCCAGAUCGAGAUCAAGUCCAGUGCAGACGUGUUUCAUGAGUUGUUCAGGAAGGAACCUCAUCAGCUGUCAACAAUAAGCCCUGAUACUGUCCAUAACUGCGAUUUGCACGAUGGUGAUUGGGGCACUGUUGGAUCUGUCAUCUCCUUCGAUUAUACUCACGAUGGAAAGAAGUGUGUUGCAAAAGAAAUGAUCGAGGUCAUAGACGAAGAAAAAAAGUUGGUGACAUUCAAGAUAAUUGAAGGAGAUCUUCUAGAAUUGUACAAGAAUAUUAGUGUCACAGUUCAUGUUGAAACCCACGGUGAAAGCAAUUUGGUGACUUGGACCAUUGAUUAUGAGAAGCUUCAUGAAGGCGUCCCUGAUCCCAAUACUUUGAUUGACCUAUGCUUCAAAAUCACCAAAGAGAUUGAGGCUCAUCAUCUCAGCAGCGACGAGAUCUCGGGGAAGAAGACCAAGAAGUUGGUUUCCUCCGUUGAAAUAAAGUCGGAUGGAGAUGUUUUUCAUGAGAUCUUCAGAGACAGACCACAUCACAUUUCUACAAUGAGCCCAAUUGUUAAGGGCGUUGACUUGCAUGAUGGUGAUUGGGGAAAAGUUGGAUCUGUUGUCUUCUGGAGAUAUACUCAUGAUGGGAAGGAAAUGGUGGCAAAAGAGAUAAUUGAGGCCAUUGAUGAGGAAAAGAAAUCAGUGACGUAUAAGGUGAUUGAAGGAGAUCUUAUGGAGUUGUACAAGAGCUUUGCCAUAACUGUUCAUGUUGAUACUGUUGGUGAGAACAACUUGGUGACUUGGACAUUUGAGUAUGAGAAACUUCAUGAAGGCAUCCCUGAUCCCAAUUCACUCCUGGAACUUGGCAUCCAACUCACUAAGGAAAUUGAGACUCAUCACCUCCAAUAA